ACCACGUGGCGCGAGGCGGGUAGUUGAGUAAACGAAUUCUUUUGGAAGUCGCCGUUUAUUAUGACUUUGUACAGAAUCCAUAGAGAAGCAAUGUUAUAACGACCACAUCUUAGGCUGGUCGCGAUUUCAGAAGUAGAUUUCGGAACGUCCGUCGCCUGCCUUUAUCGACAAUGCGGAGAGUAGAUUCGACCUCGCCGUGGGGGGAGGCAACUCUCCAGCCACCCCUUCCCCCACCCACACCAUCACCGAUCAGCUUCUUGACUGUCCCCCCAACCCAACAACACAAGAGUACGGUGUGGAUGACAGCAGGCCCCCCGCAAACAAACUGCCCCCCGGGACUGGAAUUCAUGUCACAGGUUGAUCAGCUGCUGGUGAGCAAAUUAAGAGAAAACACCGAAGAGACGGCGAGCGAGCUGGGCACGGUGAGCUUCAAGGUGAAGAACAGCAUGGGCCAGCGCGUGUUCUUCGUGACCAAGAGGCCCUACCCGGCGCUGGCGCUGACGCCGAGCAGGGCUCAGGGCGCGGCCUGCUCCUGGGAGGCGACCAUGACGGAUGGCGGGUCGCGCGAGGUCAUGCGGGUCGUGCGCAGGUUUCGCUGUGGCUGCCACCGCUGCAGCUGCAACGUGGAUGACAUGGAGGUCCAGUCCCCUCCGGGCUCCAUCAUCGGCUACCUGCGGCAGAAGGUGACCGAGACGGAACCGACGUUCGCCGUCACCGACGUGAGCAACAAGGCUCAGCUGUGGCUCCGCGGGCCCAGCUGCGCCGUCUACUGCACCGUCAACAACGCCGUGAGCUACCAGAUCUUGAGCAAGGACGAGAGGACUCAGGUCGGCGCCGUGGUCAAGCAGUGGAUGAAGGGGGCAGCCGCGGAGAGCGCCGGCGGCGGUAGCAGCAGCAAGGGAGGGAAGACCUUCAUCCAGUUCCCUAUGGACCUGGCUCCCAAGCUGAAGGCAACACUUCUCGCCAGCUGCUUCCUCAUCGACCACGUGUACACCAAAGGUCAGCGCAGGGGGGGCGACGGCACGCCCGAGACGCGGUCACCCUGCAGCUGGCGCUGACCAGGGCAGACCCCUGCAGAGAAACCGGCGAGCGUAGCCCGUCAACAUCAUAGUCAACAUCAUCGUCAACAUCAUCGUCAACAUCGUCGUCAACAUCAUCGUCGUCAACAUCAUCGUCAACACUUUGAUGUUAUAAAACCGCCGCGCAUAGCCCGUCAACAUCAUCAUCAACAUUGUCAACAUCAUCGUCAACAUCGUCAACGCCUCGACGUUAGAUUUUCACGUCACGUGCAACUCGUGUUGAAUUUGAUCCAAGCUGAACCACCCAAUUGCCCGGAAUGCACCACAACAGCGCACUGGCGAGUUUGUGCUCCUGGACAUCGCAGCGCGCGCCGUUUUGAACUUUAAAGUGAAUGAAAGCAUCGAUUUGUUUAUUAGAUAAAAGUUGGAAAGCCCGAAAGUUAGCGUUCUUGUGUUCCUGGUUGAGACCUCGAUGUUUUGAAGGUGGCUGGGGCAUUGCUCACGGCUCCCGUGCUGGGAUGUUCAAAACCCAUGCGUCAAUUAUUACAAAUAAAUAACCAUUCCGUGCAGUUCCCUGCACUCUCCAGCA